UUUUCAGUUGACAUUUAGUUUAAAGGAAGAAGACAAUUUAAAUUAUUUAUUUCUAUUCUUCUAAUUUGUUUGAUUAUUUUCUCAUUUACAUUCUGUUAGUUGGUAACUGUGAUUGUCCUUUGUUUGUUUGUUAAAAAAGUAAUACAAUUGAAGGUCAAAUGGAAACAAGUAAUGAUGGAACCCUUAACACUGAGAAGGGAAUUUUGUCAAUUUUAAAUUCUCUUCAAGAAACCUUUUUAUCAUCACCUUUUAAUAUUUUUCUUACAGUAAUUUGUGCUUUUCUCAUCUAUCGUUUAUGGAGAUCAUCAUCACCACAAGAUUCAGUUGACAGAAAUGCCAUUAGGUUACCUGAACCAUUAAAGAAACACGAUAUGGAUUUGGAGGAAUUGAAAAGAUACGAUGGUAAAGGUGCCGAUGGAAGGGUUUGUAUUGCCAUUAAUGGUGUGGUUUUUGAUUGUUCAAAGAGUCACUUUUACCAGCCUGGUGGACCCUAUCAAUCAUUUGCCGGACGUGAUGCUACCAGAGGUUUGGCCAAGUUUGAUGUUACAGCGGUUUCAGAUGAAUGGGAUGACCAUGUAGAUCUGACACCUUCAGAGAUUUCAAGUGUCCAGGAAUGGGAGAUGCAAUUCCGUGAACGUUAUGAGAUUGUUGGUAAAUUGGUUAAAGAUUUAACUAUAGUGACAGAGAAAAAAGAUGAUAUUAAAGAGAAAAGUGAAGAAGAGACCAACGAUGAGAAAAAAGGUAAAAAGGUAAUAGAAGACGUAAAAUUAUCUCAAGAAAAAUCAACAUCAUCAUCAUCAUCAUCUACAUCACAACAGGAAAAACAAGCUGAGGAACAAGAAACAAGUGAAAGUUGAAACUUAACAAGAAAAUAAAUCAACUGAAAAUAAAAAUUGUAAAAUCUAUUGGUUAUGGAAUCUACAUUUCGAUUAGUUCAUUGUGAAAAACACCAACAAUUUCCAUCAUCAUUAAGAUCUUUUUCUCUCCUUUAUAUAUACAUCUCUCUCUCUCUCUCUUUCUCUCCGCCAUCCAUACUUCAUCUUGCAACUACUACAAUUCAAAUACUGUAUCUUUAAUUUUCCUACAAAUUAUCAACACAAUUUACCAACUAAUUACCAUGUUCUCAGCUAUUGGAAAAAAAAGAGACCGAUUUUUGUACGAAUUGAUAGUUAAAUAUAAUAUGUUUCAUCCAAAAUGUUAAAACAAACACACAACAAUCAAACCAAGUAAUCCAAAUGUUAUCUACAAUUUUAUUUGUACUUAAUCACGUUUUCAUCAAAUUUACAUAUACAAUUUUAAUCUUUUAAUUAACGACGAAAGGAAAACAAAGAAAAAAACUAAUUACAAUUGUUUAUCCGAAAAACAAAACAAAAACAAAAACAAAA